CUAAUAUUAUCAUGAAUUUAUACCUUUAAUAAAGUUAAAUAAGUUGUACCUUGUUUAUGAGGCCUUAACUUAUAGUUAUGUUGUAUGAAGUGAAGGAAUAACACCAGCUGAGAGUGAUUAAUCUUCCUCCUACUACAUUAAUGCGCUUGACCAACCCUCAGCUUUCAGAUGAAACAUUAACCAAUGUUCUGCUGACAUGGUGGUACUCCUGCGUUUUUAGCAGUGAUAAAUGAGCUUGUGGGAGACAGCUCCAGGUCCAUAUUAUGGGAAUCAUGCUCAGUCGUUGUCACAGGAACCACUGACUUACACAAAGCCUGGUCAAACAUCCGUUUAAACCUACUGACCAAUAAGGAAGACAGAAAACCCCUCGCAUGUGGAUCCUAUACUUUUGCCUCACUUUGGACCUUUUCCGAUGAGAGACUGACUUCUCAAUUCAUGCCGCCAUAUCGGGGCAUUUUAGAGCCAGGGUUUUCUCGUUUAUUUCUUAUUCUUCUUAUUUGUUUUGAACAUUAUUUUUUGGAGUUUUUUUCCAGCGAAAAUGGACAAUCCUUUAGCAUAAUGCUGUCUGACCAUUAGAUUUAUUUUAACCAAGGAGGUUUAAGGGUUAACUGGACAAAAUCCUGAGUCUUAUCUGAUCCUAAGUGGGAUCUCUGAGCACUGUGUCUUUCAUGCUUGUGGGCAUACAUGGCUCAGCUCCAGGUCACAGGUGCGAGGUUCAGCUGGACCACUCUGCUGGCCCUGUCUCAGUUUACUUACUUGCUGUUGGGUGCCACCGUUUUCCAAUUGCUCGAGAAAGAGGCUGAGAGCCAAAAUCGCAACAACUUUCAGUUGGAGAAACUUUACUUUCUGGCUAAUUACACCUGCCUGGAUGGAGCAGCCUUGGAGAAGUUUGUAAAGGUGAUUUUAGAUGCAAGGGAAAGUGGAGUGAACCCUUCAGGAAACAGUACUAAUCCAAGUAACUGGGAUUUUGGCAGUUCUUUCUUCUUUGCAGGAACAGUUGUCACCACUAUAGGCUAUGGAAAUCUCUCACCCACCACAUACCCAGGGCAGGUUUUCUGUGUGUUUUAUGCCUUGUGUGGGAUCCCCCUUAACCUGGCCUUCCUCAACCAGCUCAGCAAGUGUCUCACCGCUCAUCUGGGACGGCUGGAGCACAGGAUGAUGUCAAUGGUGCCUCACAAGUGUGUGGAGGUGCUGGCAGUGGCUUUAUUCCUGCUCAUGGGCAGUCUGCUCUUCCUGAUCUUCCCGCCGGUGAUCUUCAGCUUCGUGGAGGGCUGGUCAUAUGGAGAGGGCUUCUACUACACCUUUAUAACACUCAGCACUAUCGGCUUUGGAGACUACGUGGUCGGAAAUGGCCAGGACAAGCAAAACGUCUCUGUGUACCGUUGCCUAGCGGCAGUGUGGAUCAUCUUUGCCCUGGCAUGGCUCGCCCUUCUUCUCAACAUAGGCGCCAGGAUCAUGGAGCAUUUUCUCGGUCUCAAACAGCCCCCCGUCACUGCAAAAGACGAGCAAAGUUCUUCAGUAAGGAAGCAAGAGGAGGGUCUGAGUACACCAGAGAACCAACCCCAAGAGAAGCAGAAGGAAAAAGGCUUCUUUAAAAUCAGAAUGGUUUGAUCCGUGUGGUUUAAGACUCUCGAGAGCUGUUAUUGAGUGUAACAUGUACAUUUCAACCAUCUGGGUUUUUUCAAUAUCGCCGUACAUAUAAUGUGUACAUUAUAUUCUAGAUGUCAUACAUCACCUGUUGACAAUUAUGCCAUGUUAUUGACUUGUAAAAACAAAUUCUAUCAAUUUCGUUCUAUUUAAUAUUUCCAAAUCCAAAAUAGAAAUGACAUGGAACAAAAUCAACAAAGCCAAAAUAUUUUUGCUUCAUAGAUUGUGAUUGAAACCACGAUCUGUUAAAUAUAACCAAAAUCACAACUAAGGAGUCACCACCAAGUUUAGGGACACAGUGGCUUUGUGGUUAUCAUAUUUUCCACAUGUUUGGGGGUUAGAAUUUGUCUGAAUCUGUGUUUCAGGGGUUUCCUGCUGCAGUCCAAAGAAAUGUAGGCUAAGUGCAAUCUCUAAAUUGUUUAUAGUGGGUGUAUGAGUGUGUACUGUAAUAGACUGGCCCCCAGGGGUCAACGGUGUCCUCUGUUAUGUGUCUUGUGUAUAGUCCACUGGGAGGAAAAUUCAGAAAAAGGAAAUGGAUUUGUUGGUGUGAAUACUUUUUCAGGAGUGGUCUGGCAAACUGACAGUGGUAACACAGUGGUUAAGACAAUGGACCACAAUUUAGGUUAAGUAGCCUUUAUUUGUCACAUAUACAUAACACAUGUACAUUACAACACAGUGAUCUUCACAUAUCCCGUCCUUGGAGGGUCGAGGUCAGAGUGAUGAUACAGCACCCCUGGAGCAAAGGGGGUUUGGGGGCCUUGCUCAAGGGCCCAACAGUGGCAGCCUCUGAUCACAAUCCCAGAGCCUUAACCACAUGAGCUACCACCACCCAAAUCAGAAGAAUGUGAUUUCAAACCACUGCCAAGUUGCUCUGAAGUCUAAAGUAAUGUAAAUGACCUGCGGUGUGGUCUGCAUAAGCAUAGAUGCUAACUGCUCUCUGUACUACAUUUGGUUGUCAUGCUACUUCCUGUUUUGUGAUGGCAAGGAAGAGUUGCUAUGGUUAGCAAAAGAGACAAAAUAUAUAAACUCAGACUUUUUAGGACUGGAGCACUGGAUUUAGCUUAGCAUUGAGGUGAGAGCCUCACACACUUGCACAUCUCAUGCUAGUCUGCAUGGAAAAAAUCUGCCUCCAUAAAGUGCAUAGUGUUGUUGCCAAAGGGAAAUAAUAAAAAUCCGCAAAUCUAGUACCUACAAUGUUUGCAAACCUAAGAGGGCAAAAUUGACAUAAUGCACAAUCAAUCCACUGUGAAACCAGUUGAGACCGCAAUCAGUGUAUGAAACCAAAACUUCAAUGAGCCCCUCCUCCAAGAAAACCCAGAAUCACAUCUGGGAGUGGACUCAAGUGUUUGGGCCAAGUGUGAAAACGCCCUUAAAGUAAUUUGUGAGUCAAAGACACCCAAAUUGUAGUGUGGAUCACAGUUCAGAGUUUUACCAAUAGUCAUAUGACUUCUAAGCACUUGUGUAUCUACACAGUCUGCUUGUCAGUAGUGCAUUAUGCAUUUGCAUUUAUCCUUUGAGUAUUCUUGUUGUGCCUUGGCAUUUGCAUUCUCUUUUUGUUUUUUACGUAGCUCAGGUUACAUCCAGAAUGAGCAUGCAUUCAGACAAUUAUCAAAAUGAGUUUAGAAAUCUUACUGAACUGCUUUUCAUAUUCGAAGACCAAAAGUGUGACAAUUAUUGCUAUAUUCCCAAUUUCAGUGUUUGCGUGUGUGUUUGUGUGUUUCCUUUCCAACAAGUACAGAGUGACCCGAUAAUUUAAGCGAGGCACUUCGAUUCAAUUCAAUUUUAUUUUAUUUGUAUAGUCUGGUUAACAAUGGACAUAGCAAAGCAGCUUUAUAUGAUUAUAUAAAUUCAGAAUAUAUAUUAUAGAUUUUACAUUUAAAUGUAUUUCUAAUGAGCAAGCCAGAAUCAGUGAUGGGGGGAAAAAUCUCCCCAAGAUGAUCAGGAAGAAAUCUUGAGAGGAACCAGUCCUCAUGUGGGUGAAACUGGAAA